CGUGUUACACACGGCGUACCGCAAGGAUCAAUCUUGGGUCCACUACUAUUUAACUUGUAUGUUAAUGAAACUAUCAGCAUGUGUAAGGACUGUAAGAACGAAUCGUUCGUGGACGACUCAAAACUCUUCUUAUCAUUCUCAAUCAGUGAUAUUGCCGAGAGUAUGAAUAAAUUGAAUGCAGAUUUAAAACGAGUUGCUGCCUGGUGUUGUUCAAAUUCCUUGUUAAUAAACCCAGGGGAAACCAAAUUUCUUUUGUUUGGAACCAAGCAAGCUCUGGCCAAGAUAAAUCUACCACCAUUACAAUUUCUUGGUGAGGAAUUAACCCCAGUUCGCUGUGCAAAAGAUCUUGGAAUAAUAAUGGACGAAUGUCUUUCUUUUACCGAUCAUACCCAGAAUCUUACAUCUAAACUUAUGGGAUCAUUGUGUCAUAUCAGCCGAGUUCAACACUUAUUCGAUAAGAAAACUCUGAUAUCCAUAAUCAAUUCUCUUGUGUUUAGUAAAUUGUAUUAUUGCUCGACUGUCUGGGCAGGUACCUUUAAAGAGAAUUUAAGGAAAUUACAACUGGUUCAAAAUUUUGCUGCUAGAAUAAUUUCUGGCAAGAGGAAAUUUGACCAUAUUUCAUCCACAAUUAAAGACCUUGGAUGGUUAUCAGUCCAGGACAUGUUAGUUUAUCGUGAUGCUCAAAUGGUAUAUAAAAUUAUUAACGGUAGUGUACCGUUGUAUUUGAAAAAGUUUGUAAAGAGACGUUCUGACGUACACAACCGUAGCACUCGUAAUAGCCAUAAUCUUGAUAUCCCAAAAUGUAGAACAAGCUUUGCCCAACGUUCAUUUGGAUACAGAGCUAUUAAAUUGUGGAAUAGUUUACAGAACAAUGUUAGAGAGAGUACUUCAUUGAACACUUUUAAACAGUCAUUAAAGACCUGGCUCCUUAAUGCCUAA